AUGUUUGAGAAGCAGUUAAAGGAUUUAUUCAGAAACUGUCACGAACUACAGUUGACAUAUCUUAUGGUUUUGGAGAAAAAUUUUAUAUUUGAUAUGACUGAAAAGGAAGAACAUGAUAUUUUUAUGGAGACUUUGAGUAUAAAUCUGAAGAUCGGAGAGCUAGUGCAGGCUUUGGAUGUUAAAACAAUGGCUGAGCAGUGGAAAGCCUACACAAUGAUUUGUGAAAAAUAUUCAAACUUUUUAUCAGAUGGAGAUAUUUACACCAAAAGUACUAAAGUCUUAGUGGACAUUGUCAGAAAUAAUAUGAAAACGGCAAUUGAGGCAAAUGAAGACAAAAUAGUAAUAAGAUCAUUGAAAGUGGCAAGUUUCUCACUUAAAAUACUAUUGAGGAUAUGUAAAAUAUUUAAAUGUACUUCAAGGAACAACUAUGAAGAUAUUGUGGAUGUACUCCAAGAAAUACUUCUGUACAACAGCAACUAUUAUGCACUUAACGAUAAGAUUAAAACUGAAGUUCUAAAUGUUAUAAAUACACAUUUAAUUACACCAUCUGAGGCAAUUAUCUCCACACUAGUUGUAGAAGAAUAUUUUAUCAAAUAUGUCAAUUCAAUACAAUUCAACAACACUGAGGACUUGAAAAUCUUGAAAUACAUUUUACUGGUCGCAGAAAUAAUGAAAGCUGCUCCUUCACAAACAAAUACAAAUGAAAUUAGUUUGAACAUGAUCAAAAACAUCAUCUCAAUUCUACCUCAAUGUCACAAAUAUUUAAAUAUGAGCUUAGAAUUUUCAUAUAAAAGUAAUGAGAUAAUUUAUGGCCUCUUUGAACAUUUGUUGAUAAAUUCAUUAAAAGCCUCAUCUUGUUUAAGUUCUCAAUGUUAUGCGAAGUUGGAGAAAAUGUUAAUAGAAAUUAUACUAUGCACAGAUUGUGUUAGUGCUGUGUUCUGCUCCAAUUUGUGGGUUUUAUUGUGCAAAUCUGGAAGCAGUCAACUUCAAUUAAAUACAUUACUAGGCCUCAUACAAUUAAAUUACAAGCUUGAAGGAAAUACAGCAUUUCCAUUCUCACCACAAAGUUCUAAUUUAGCUUGUACUAUAGCAAAUUUAUUUAAGAUACUACAAUAUCAUGAAAAACUUCAAAUUUACAAGCAGUUUAGUAUUUAUGAUGAAAAAAGUUAUGAUCUUUGGGCAAUACUGAAAAUAAGAAAUUUACCAGAAAAUUUACAAAUGUCAGCAAGAAAAGUUGUGAUACAGAAAAUGGUGAAUAUGACUGAAAUACAUAAUGAAAAUCUACAAAGGGAGCAAAUACAAGACAUGACGAAAAUUAUGAAACUGGCUUCAACAUGCGAAUUCUUAGAAUGUGAUUCAAGAGUCGAAAAUGUUUUAGUUAUUGCAUGGUGUAAGGUCUGCCCAAAAACUAACAACAUAAAUCUGGAAAAAUAUCUUGAUAUGGGAUCUGUUUUGUAUUUUAGAUUUUUAACCGCCUUAGUAUCUUUGACUGAAUCAUAUUAUGAAAGAUUUUCUGAUAAAUCUCAGAUGUUCAAGAUAGUACAUGUGAUAGCAGAUUUGUUGAUGCUAGGAAAUAUUGAAACAAUAAUAGUAUUGGUUAAAUUAUUCUGCAAGAUGGUCGUCAGAAAAGAAGGAAGAAGUCAAAAUGAUAGUAUUGUACUAACAUUUAAAUAUUUAUUUGAGAGUGAUGUUAAAGAAUAUGUUUAUUCAGUCAUUAUAUCAAACAAGGAUUUUGAUAAGUUCUUCACCCAGAUGUUCUAUAAAGAAAAAACACUUCAAGAGGCAUGUAGUAAUAUCAAACAAUUUAAAUCAAUACUUCAUAAUAAUUAUGAGUGGCAACAGAAACUGCAAUCUGUAUCAGAAUACAGAUAUUCACAUAAAUGUAUACAAAGUAUCGAUGUAGCAAAAUUUACAACAAAAAUAAGUGAAUGUGAUUUCAAUUCAGAAGAUUUUGAUAUGUCCUUUGACAAUGAGGAUGAAUAUAGAGUGAAUAAAAAAGCUAAGAUGGAUCUUAAUAUUGGUAAUAUUUUGGAAAGAUUGGAAUCUGAAGUGUCACAGUUAUGCCAAGUUAAAGAGAACAUAUUAAACGAACAUUACAAGACAAGAAUAAGAAAUAUUUGUGAAAAAUUAGUCAACUUAACAUAA